CUCACAAGAACUUCUUACGUUUACUUAACAUGGUCACUGACGCAGGGCAAUUUUCCAAUCACCGGUUGCUCCAAUUGGCGUAGUUGUGUAUAAACGCAUUAGUGCAAGUGAACUGGUGUAAACUACAGUUGUAUAUUUAAAAAUGAAUCUAGAAAUAUGUAAAGACAAUAUAAGUGUCGAGGAUACAGUUUUACUAGCGUUUACAGAUGUUAGUUAUUGUAUUCCUAAGAGUUAUUUGCGUAAUGUUUGGACGAAGAAAAAAUCGUAUCCUCGAGACGAUGAACAAGUAAUUUUGGACGCGGCUUGCGGCGCGUUGCGUCCGGGCCGGCUCACCUUCAUCCUGGGGCCCUCCGGUGCAGGCAAGACCUCGCUGCUCAAAAUACUGGCCGGCAGAAAAAAGCGUGGUGUAAAAGGUUCCAUUCAAGGGAUAGGCAAAAAUGCGGUGUUGGUGGCGCAACAUGCAACCCUCAUAGACGCCCUCACCGUGCGCGAAACACUACAUUUCGCUGCUGUACUCAAGUUACCUAAAGCAACUCGACUUGAACGCAUCGACACGAUAGAAAUGAUAUCGAAGCAGCUGGGAAUCCGCGACGUGUUCAAUACGAGAGCAGGUCGGUUGUCCGGCGGUGAACGCAAGCGGUUAACAAUCGCCUGCGAGCUUCUUACAGAUCCCCACAUCAUGCUCUUAGACGAACCUACCAGUGGGCUGGAUUCAGUAUCAUCACUGUCAGUGACCAAGGCGCUGCAGGCAGUGGCCAGGACUGGACGGACUGUGGCCUGCGUCAUCCACCAGCCCUCCUCGCAGCUGUUCUCCUCCGCCGAUGACGUCAUGCUGCUCGCAAAUGGGCGAACACUAUACGCCGGCAGCAUAGAAGAUCUCCCCAACACACUAAAGACCGCCGGACUGAUUUGCCCACGCUACUACAAUAUGGCGGAUUACCUUAUAGAAAUAGCAAGCAACAAACAUACAGAGAGCUUCGCACUUUUAGAAAAUGAAGCCAAACUUUACGCGUCGGAAAUGAGAAAAAUCGCUGAAAAUGAUAACUCGGCAAAGAAUGAAAAAAUUAUUGAAAUCUCAAGUGAAGCUGAAACGCUAUUAAAUGUAAACACAUUAAAUGUUCGGGACUAUGCGGCGUCUUAUAGCCAACAAUUGUCAGCACUACUAUGGCGAGGGUACAUAGGAGCGUUACGAGAUGUACAUUUGACUCAGAUACGUAUGGUGACACAUCUUCUAGUGGCAUUGCUACUCGGUGCGUUGUACAAAGGCGCAGGCGCUGAAGCCCAUCGUAUGACAACUAACACGGGCUGCUUGUUCUUCUUCCUUCUAUUUAUCUUCUUCUCUAACGCUAUGCCAACUAUACACAAUUUCCCAGUGGAGUCUACCGUUGUACUUCAGGAGCAUUUAAAUAAAUGGUACUCCUUGACGAUGUAUUGUGCGUCGAAGAUUAUAGUUGAUCUACCCAUACAGCUGUUGUGUGCAACUGUUUUCAUAUUCCCUGCUUGGUACUUAACGUCUCAACCUAUGGAGCUGGAUCGAAUGGCUUUGGCGUGGAUCAUUUGUGCUCUGACUACAAUACUGGCGCAAACAUUCGGUUUGGUUAUCGGAGCUGCUUGCGGUGUUAAGCUUGGAAUGUUUGUGAUACCAGCAGCCAAUAUUCCCAUGUUGAUGUUCUCAGGAUUUUUCAUCCCCUACCACGAAGUGCCGGUAUAUCUUCGUCCUUUUGCCCUCAUUUCGUAUUUCAGAUACGCGUUCGAUGCAUUUCUAUCUACCGUCUACGGUUUCAACAGACCGAACUUACCAUGUCAUAAGGAAUUUUGCUUUUAUAAGAAUCCUAGCAAGUAUCUAGAAUUUUUGGGACUAUCUGAAGAUUUUUAUAAUGACGUCAUUGUUCUAAUAGUGUGGAUUCUUGUAUUAGAAAUUUCUUUAAUAUGUGUUUUAAAGUACAGAGUGUAUAAAGCAUGUAGAUAGAAUUAUUUAUAUAAAUGUUUUGUUUUUACAAAUUUACGAUCUGUGUAACGCAUAAUUUUUUAUGUCUCAAUUUAGCAUGUAAAUUUUAUUUUUCUACUUUUAUACAACGGGACUCUGUAUUUAUAAGAAUUUAGUUUGUGAUACUCAUUUAUUUUAGUGUAUUAUUCAAUUUAUGAAUUGCUGUCAAUUUAUUCGUAGGUAAUUAAAUAUAGAUUUAAUAUUACAAAAUGUGUCUUUGUGUCUGGAAAUUGUAAUAAUUAGUUUGUAAGAAAACCAGUUUACUACUUCUGAAAUACGGAUGACAAAAUUAUAUUUUUAGCAACCUUGUAUUACAGCGGUACUUGUAUAACUGUCGCUAGAUUGUUUAGAAAGCUCCUUACAAAAGUUAAUAUUUCUUUUAUUUGUGCCCUGAGUUAGAGAUCUAGACUUGGCAAGUCAAACUUCUUCUUUAUGACCAACCUCUUUACAGAAGGAACACGUGACUUUUAGAGCUACUUUCGCUAGGUGUUAGACCAAAGAGCUUAUAAGUAAGAGUCGGGACUUAGAACAAAGAAUAAGCUCGGUCUGACACCAAACUCACUUCUCGCCGCAAAAAGUUACCAGGAUAAAAAUAUUUAAUUUCAAUUUUUCCGACACAAUGAAAAAACAUGUGCACCAACCUAACAAAAAUCAUUAGUGAAGGCUCUUAUAAUCGAUACCUUGAUGUCGAUAUCGAUUAAAUGUGGGGUGAUUGGGUGGCCCUUCUUAAUGCAAUCUCAUAUUUCAAAUAACUUUGCAUUUAGGCUCAAUGUUAAAUUAUUCUUAAUGUAAUUUUUCAUUUACUGACAUUGAACCUAAAUUAUCCAAAGGGAAGCAAAUGAAGUAAAUAAUUACCAAAAUUACAUUUAUUUAUUUUAUUAACAAGGCAUCGCCAAGUAAUAUUUUAAAUAUAGUGUUUGUUUUUGUGGAAUAAUAAUUGUCUAGGAUAACUGUCAAAUAAUAAUUUUGUAUACCUGGCUUCAUUCCUAAUUUACAAUAAAACCUCUUCCUUCCUUCAAAAUUUUUCAGGUAACAAUUUCUAUCCACCCACUCAGAUUCCGGUAUUUUUACAUUUUUUUUUUCCUUUUAAUUACGUUGACCUGUAUUUAUAUUCAAAAUUUCGAGUUUGUGGGACUGCUAAAAGUACCUUAGAAUUAUGUUUACACGUGCGUUUCUGUAAAAUGUAAAGGAUUCAAUUAACGAUAUAUACAUGUCAAAACAAAAAAUAUCGAUAAUAAAAUAAUUUACAAUGACAAACUGUAAACUAGAUACAUCACUAGCACAAAAUAUUUUUUCAAAUUUAACUCUAUACAACUAAUUAAAAGUACCAUGAUAGCUAUACAUUUACCUUUUUUAAUAAUUAAUUAAUGAUUAUCGAUUCUCAUCCAAUUUUCCGAAAGAUGAAACAUUAUUGAAUCUUUAUUUUCAGUAGAAGUUCAUCCCAAUUAUUUGAAACGUUUAAAACUUUUCAGUUUUUUUUUUAAUAAAAUAAAAGAAAAUUUUACUGAUGUAGAAACUUUAAAGAAAUAUGAACAAUAAUAAACAACAAAAAAUGGUAAAACGGCCCGAUAGAUAUAACUUUUUCACUGUAUCAGAUUUAUGUAUUAUUACACUUGAAGAGAAGAAUUAAAAAGUUAUGGUGGAAACGAUUUUUAUUUUUUUUACAUUUAACAUAUCUGCAUGUUCAAAUGCCUUAAUAAUAAAGUAUUGAAAAAUUCAACACUUCUUGCAUGAAGGUCGGCAACACCACAAAAUAUUUACUAAUCAAAAGUAAAACAAAUAAAACAAUGUCAAUACUGUUUUAUUUGAUUUUUACAACACAGCCAGUACAUCACUGGAAAGAAACGUCAAUUUUUUAUAAUAGCACACAUCCAAAAUCCUGUGUAAAUACGAAAUACAUACAAACAAAACGCAGUUUUCACAGAAUUACUUAUGCACAUUUUUAUAUGAAACAUAAUAAAUACACAUUGUACUUAAACUGUAAAUGCCACAAGUUGGAUUCAG